CUGCCGCCGCUCAAGGGAGGGGUUUAGAAUAGCAUCCAUAGCGCUGACCGGCCACAUUCAAGGCACAUCAAGCUCGCCCGGCACUCGCGCGCGCCUGAGCAUCUUCGGCGGCGGAGGCGGCGGCAAGCGAGGAGGAAAGCAAAAAAAAAAAAAGAAAGAAAAGAAAAAAAAAGGUGGGGGUGGGAGUGGGAGAAGCUGAGCCAGACAAAGCAAAGAUGGCAGGGAUCCUGGCUUGGUUCUGGAACGAGAGGUUUUGGCUGCCCCACAAUGUCACUUGGGCGGAUCUGAAGAACACCGAAGAAGCCACCUUCCCUCAGGUGGAGGACCUCUACUUAGCCUUUCCCCUGGCCUUCUGCAUCUUCAUGAUCCGCAUGCUUUUCGAAAGGUUUAUAGCUAAGCCGUGUGCCUUAGGCUUAAAAGUCCAAGCCAAUGGACCACAGAAGGCUCAGCCUAAUGCCAUUCUUGAAAAAGUCUUCACUGCUAUCACAAAGCAUCCAGACGAGAAGAGGCUGGAAGGGCUAUCCAAGCAGCUAGACUGGGAUGUGCGCAGUAUUCAGCGCUGGUUUCGACAGAGACGCAACCAGGAAAAACCAAGCAUUCUUAGGAAGUUCUGCGAGAGCCUGUGGAGAUUUACAUUUUAUCUUUACAUAUUCACCUAUGGAUCCCGGAUCUUAAAAAAGAGUUCUUGGCUGUGGAACACAAAGCAGUGCUGGAUUGGUUACCCAUAUCAGCCACUGAUGCCUGAGAUUCAUUACUACUAUAUACUUGAACUGGCAUUCUAUUGGUCUGUAAUGUUUUCUCAGUUCAUUGACAUCAAAAGAAAGGAUUUUAGCAUCAUGUUUACACAUCAUAUUGUGGCAGUCUUAUUACUAAUUAUCUCUUACGUAGUCAACUUCACACGAGUUGGAACCCUGGCUUUGUGUCUUCAUGAUGUUGUUGAUGUCGUGCUGGAGGCAGCCAAAAUGGCAAACUACUGCAAGUUUCAAAAACUCUGCGAUUUCCUCUUCCUUAUGUUUGCUAUUAUUUUCAUUAUUACUAGGCUUGGAAUAUAUCCUUUAUGGGUACUGAACACUGUAUUCUUCGAACUGCCUGAAAUUGUUGGUGGUUUUCCUGGUUUAUCAAUCUUUGUCAUUUUACUUUUGAUACUUCAAAUUCUCCACUGCUUUUGGUCCUAUUUAAUAAUAAAGGCAGCCUAUAAAGCUGUUUUGAAAGGCAAGGCUGGGAAGUGGAAUCCUUUGCAUACAAAGGAUGAUCGAAGUGAUGUUGAGUCCAGUUCAGAUGAGGAAACCUCCACUCUUCAGUCAAGGACCUCCCACAGCUCAGCUACCAUCAAUGGGACAAAUGGAACAAACGGGUAUCUCACUGGUAGCAACUCUGCAGAGGAAUAUUAAUCCUUGGAGUAUACACUACUACGUGAACUGUUUGCUACAGAAAACCAAUAAGUUGUGAAUGCAGGAUUUGAUUUUUUUUCUCUCUCUCUCUGUUCUUUCCUUCGUUUUUUUGUGUGGGGGGUUUAAAUCUUAGAAAAAUUAUCAACACACACUUGGAAUAUUUAAAGCUUCUAAUACCACACUGCUUUAUUUCCUGUUUGUAAAUGACAGCGCCACAUGAUUUUCUGUAUGUAGGCAUGCUGUAUCUAUCUAUCUAUCUAUAUAUCUGACCAGAUGGGAGCAGUAUUUUCUUCAGUAGUUUUUAAGUAUUAUUUAUUUUAUAUCUUACUUUGAGAUGACUUCCAAAUGAAAAAGAAAACUUCCUCAAGAUUCUCUUUUGGACUUCAUUAGGCUUAAAGGUUGCCAGGUUAAAGAUGGGGUUUCUUUUGUGCUUGGUUUCUCUAGCCAGUAUUCUGAUAUUGUAGUUGCUUGCUAACAUUUCACUUAUUGCAAAAUCACACAAGUUUAUGACUCUUUCUAUAUUUUUUUUUAAUGAGAGGGAAGUUUCUUUUUCUGAAAGAUGCUGAUUUUAGAACUUGCUGGUACAAUCACAAUUGUCAUUUCCCGUCAUUUUAAAAUAUUAUCUUGAUAGUUUUAUGUAACAGAGUCAGUUUGAACAUCCAUUUUCAUUCACUAUAUAUGCUAUAAGAACACAUUGUUUAAUUGAUUUUACCUGCCACCAUUCCCCAACUUAGUGGCAAAUUUGAUUUGGCUUCCAGCCAAUGAACUAACUCAUUCUUCAACAUAGGUCCUAUCUUGCAGAUUAGCUCAACUUUUCUUUUUGGAUCCAUUUUUCAAGCAUGUGCAAUCGAACUGGUAUUAUAAGCACUAGUUUAUAAUAAUUAUAAUAUUUAUUUCUUGCUUUUCCUUUCUUAUUAUUUACAAUAUUCAUUUCCUUCCCUCAGUAGCCCUUCCAGCUGCUCAAAAAUGAUGUUUAGAGUCUGAUCAAACCAUCCCAUUGCCUCGUCUUGCGCAUCAACAACACCUGAGCUGGGAUGAUUCAAUCAAUGACCAAUCUGUCCAGAGUUCUUUUGUUUCUAGUCCUUCCAGUCAGCCCAGAGUUGGCUGGGAGACUGUCACUCCUUUCCCAGCUUUACCUUUAUUUAUAUAUUUAUUUAGCUGAGGUGAAAACUACACAUGGCACAGGUAGAAUCAGUACUACUAUAGACAAGUCAGGAGGAUUGUAUCCCACAUGCGUUCCUGAGAAUUUUUUUUUUUUUACACAAACUCACCUUUGCAAGAGAGUAAAACCAGGCUCUUCUAGAGCUUUUUGUGUUGCAGAAGGCAGAGCAGUCAGUCACACACACACACACACACACACACACACACACACACACACACACAUUAUAUUUAUAGCUGUAUUAUAGGAAAAAAUAUCUUAGGGUUAGAGACCUUGAUAGUCAGGGAAGUGGGGGAGAGGGAUUUAUUUUCUUUUUUUUCUAAGUAGAAAUGCACUCACAAAUAGGGCUUCCACCCAAAGUUUGGAGAUACUUACGGUAGUUUCAGCUCCAGCAGGACUUACAGUGAUCAAGGAUAGCCCCAACCAUCUUGGUAGCCUUCUUUUUUUUUUUUUUUUUUGGAGGGCUCGUGGGCUGUUGUGAGUAAGAGUGGGGAAUCCGUUUUGCCAGUUAGUUGCACAGGCCACAUCUGGAACAAAUGGUAUGACUUUCACGCCGAUGCUUUUUAAAAAUUAUUUUAGAAGAUAUACAUUUGCUUGGCUCCAAAGUCACCUGCGCCAAAGUUAGUAUUGAAAGAUCUAGCAUAAAAGAAAGAACAGAAACUGGAAAGAAUGUCUUUGUAGAAAUAAUGUGGGCUUUAGAGGCAUGAUGUAGAGGAGAGACCGAAUUAUCCAUACGGCUAGUUUUAAUGGAUCACAGUAAAUGCCCAAUUUUUACAUUUACUGUUGGUACGACGAGUGGCUCAUUUGAAUGGGUAUUAUCUUACCAAAAACCUCCUGCUUAAGAGGCACUUGCUUUCGGUUUAAAUGAGCCAGAAAUUAAUUAUAAGCCAGUUUGGGAAGGUGGUCUAUUUUAUGUUUUGUUUGUUUAGUUUUUUGUUUUUUGCUGCUGCAUAUCUGUAGCUUGAGAAAAGUUGUAUAGUAUUUUACCUGGCUUUAUUAUACGGGAAGAGCUUUGGAGGAAAAAAGAAGACAAAAUAAUUAGCUACCCUGAUUACCAUUUAUAUGAAGAAAGAGUUCAUAUGACACUUUCUGAAACCAACCCAGGUGGUAUUUUCUGUUUUCCCAACAGAUGUAGGGAUGCUGGUUCCCAAUCUUCCAGAUGUUUUGAUUUGUUGCACAGACCCCAAGGUAUCUUAAGUCUUGAGCUGGACUCUGAUCACUUGACUGUUCUGUGCAAAUGCAUUGGCAAAAAACAAACAAACAGUCACUUGUGUGACUAAAAAUCUCUUGAAAUGCAAAUAUGGUAAACAUUCACUAAUGUAACCCAUCAAGAGUCCUGCACUCAAGAGUUUAAGAAAGGGGAAAUUAACAGUAUUAAUACCCUCCUGGAUAUCAAUUAAAAUUUAAUUUGUUCCAGAGUUUCUAUUUUUAUUUCUAUAUUGUCAUUCCAAAGCUGUCACCCUUUGACACAAGCUCAGCUCUGAUGCUAGGCUGAAGUCUUUUAAGCAGAUAGAUUACAAGGGCCACACAAAUAGCAGAACCUGAGUUGUGAUAAAGUAAGAUGGUCAAAAUAAAUAUGCGUUUGAUGUUCUUUCAGUUAGGUAAUAUUGAAAGCGAACAUUUAAUUCGGAGAGUUGGCCUGUUUAAUCCCAUGUCCAAAUAAAUGUUGCAAUCAGAUAAAUAAAAAAAGGGGGUUCCAGCUUCAGUGGUUGGCACUUCAGCAACUAAAAAAGUGUUAGAUAGUAUGAGCGUUAAGGCUACAAAAUAUAAGUAGACAGUGUUAAGUCACAGGAAAAUUGGUCUCUUUUAAUACCAUGAAGACUCCACUGAAAAGAUGCCCCUUCUUGCACUCUAGGGCUUGUAAGAAAACGAGGAUAGUGUUCAGAUGUAUGUAAGUUAAAUGUUCUCCUAUGAUUGUGCCUGCAAAGAGCCCAAGUCAAAAUAAGGAAUUAUUCCCAGGAAGAUUUCCUAGAAUCCAUCUGAAAUUCCUUUGCCUCUAAUGGUAUUUUCUCAUGUAGCUUCUUUAUUUAAAAACAAAAGUUUAAAAGGUCUUAUUUGUAAAAGCUGUUUGGUCCCUUUUUGCACUAGAGUAAGAAAUGCAGUAGCUGGAGUGUGUAGAAUAGGAAAAAAAAAUUGAAGAAAACUCUCUGGGAGUUAGUAGCCUUUAGAUUGACUGAAUGUUUUAGUAGCCAGCCCUGGAGUAGUGAAGUAAGAUCUAUAGUUGUGUGCAUUUAUUCUGUUAUCAAAUAACAAUGGAACGCACUAAAAUAAGUAACAGUGUGUUUUUUAAAAAAGAAAGAAAGAAAAGAAAAAGAUUGGCUACACAUCUGAAGGCGAAAGUCUCUUUGGUGUACAUCCAGUUAAGUUGGAAGUGUGACGCCUUACCUGCAGUUUCAAUCCAAACUGUAGAGUGCCAGAUUAAAAAUGCCAAAAAGAAAUAAUACACGUAUCUGUUGUCAUUUUUGAGUUGGUUCAGUGGAUUUCUCAUUCGUUGCCUCUUUGAUGCAGAUUGCCAUUUCCUGUAGGACUGGUUUACCUAAGACCCAACAUAGAGGUCUGGGUGACUUUAUCUUUGUACUCAUCUUGUAAUUCAGACAACUUACACAGACAACUUGAUCCUUUUCUUCCCCCCCCCCCCUAAUUUUACUGUUUUUAAAUAGUACCCUUAAUUGGAGCUUAAUCACAUGCAUUGGUUCAUACGAAAAAUUUAUAUACAAUGGAGGGAAAGGUGCAUACAUUCUAGAAUUCACUUCCUCUCUGUUCCUUGCACAUCCCACAAACAAAAAUACAUCUUCUUCUGUGAAAUACUCCCCAUUUUGUUUUAAGGAGAAAAUAUUGGAUAUAAGUUGCUAAUGACAUCAACCUAUGAGCCAUUCUUCUGAGAAGCAUUAAUAUGUGUUUGCCUCCCUACUCCUAUCAUAUGCUGAAGCGGGCUUCUUCCUUAUAUCUGAUAUAUGGAGGUAGGUCCCUUUCGUCCUUUAGCAGGAUAAAAGCUUGAUUUGGGAUUAUUAGAGAAGGAGAUUAACCACCCAUUUUCACACAUUAUCAAAUACAUUUCUGGGAAUGAUUCUGGAGGACCUUCAGACUGAUAGCCUGUGAAACUCUGCUUUUGUUCCAGAUAUUCCACAACUGGAAUUGAGCGUGUUUGUGUGCUUUAUGAAUGCUAUAGUUUCCCAUAAAUGAUGGGCAAAUUGUUAUGUAACUGAAUGGCAGUUUCUUUAGCUUGUCUUACACUAUAUAUAAAAAGAUAUAAAUUACACGGUAUGCUGAUGGUUCAGGUCAAUUAUAAUCUGUCAUCACUUUAACAAUACAUGCCAGAAGUUGACAUUUAGGGCUAUUAAUGUGCAUUCUUUUCACCACAAAUUAAUAGGUGUAUGUGUGCAAGCACACACAUAUAUGUCUAUAUACAUACAUAUGUACACACAUAUAUUCACCACAACAUAAACUUUGGCUUUCUGUAAGAAGCAGAUGGAAUAGUUUCUUCUCUCCCAUUAUUAAUAUUUUAAUUAUUUCAUUAUUGUUUGCUGUUAUAUGUUCUGUGUAUUCCUGAAUUCUCAUGACUCAUAAUAAAUUAAGAGUUCUGCAUGCUACUGUGGGAAUGACCAAAGUAUUCCAAAUCCAGCCGUCUGGAAAUCAGAAACAAUCAAAAGGGCUCUUAUUAUACUACAAGAGUCUUCCUUGGAUAAAUGGGAUGCUGCUGCUAAACUGCCCAAUUUUAGUUUCUCUCUUUCAGAAUUAUCUUGAGUUUUUGGAGGAACUUUCUUUGUGUAGGUUCCAUCGCAGCAUGUUUUUAACUGAAAUGAAAAUUAAGUGCCUGGCUGAGCUUUGCAUACUUAGGAAAUGGCUUCCCUUUGUUUUAAUGUUGGUAGUAUUUAUUUUGACCCUCGCUUUAGCCUUGCGCAUUAACGCUACAAUAAGGUGAUCAUAACCAGAUGGCAAUGACAAUCAGAUCAAAGCAAAGUUUGAUUCAAGCCAAUCUGAUAUGGUGGAGGGCCACAACCGGUGUGCACAGAAAGUGCAAUGUACCCCAAAAGGUAACUCCCUUUUAUGCCCUGUGCCAUAUUCAGUAGGUCAGCUCAGGACCAAAAGCGGUAAUUUUUCCCCCUGAGAUUUCAAGACAAUCGAACAGUCUGAGAAAUUCCUAGAACUUUCAGAACUUAACUGGCAUAUUCCAUGGUCAAAAAAAGAACAAUGUGUAUAGCCGUGGAUUUUGCUUUCUUUCUCCUUUUUGUCGUAAAUAUAAAAAUAACCAUUCUUCUGAAAUAUUUGGAAUCAAUCAAUCAAUAUUGUGAAUUUAGAUUUGAAAACACUUUCAUAAUAAACACUAAGCAUUAGGACUUUUA